AUGGCUGCCCCAUCUCCCCAUGAUGUUGCCCCAUUUGGUGAUGGCAUCCUCACCGUCACCGUUGGACCACUCAAGGACAAAUUCGUCGUUCACAAGGAGGUCUUGGCCGCUGUAACCAAGAAUGGUCUUUUCUACAACAUUCUCGCCAAUGAAUGCUCGGAUCCCAAGACUGACCACGCCAACCUGCCUGACGAGCAGUCAGAGACCUUUUUGGCUUUCAUGAAGUGGCUCUACGCCACUCACAUCGGUAUCAACGACUUCACUCCUUUGCCCUCCGCAUUCGCCGCCCUCUUUCGACUGUACGCCUUCGCCCAUGAGUACGUCAUUAUCGAGCUUGAGAACGCGGUUAUCUCUCUUCUGUACACCAAGUUCCUCAUUGACAGCAACAUCUGGCUUACACUCGGAUCUGACAAGUUUGCCUUCGACACCUUUCUCGAAGUGGUUUCAUCCGACACCCACCUGUACAAGCUUGUCAUUCGGUCCAUGGCGUACUCCAUACGCUUGCCACCUCAGCCGCACUACUGUGAUGCGACUGACUGGCCGACUCGCUACCCGCCCACUAUGGAGUCCCAGGUCGACUCGGUGAUGGAGUCCGUGCCGGACGAGCUCUGGGGUCCCAUAGCAAAGGAAGUGAUACUCAUGAAGACGCCGAGUAGCCCGAUGUCAUUUUACAUCUUGGUUGGAAACGUGACCAGCUUUCUGAGGCAGUAUCCGGCAUCGCGAGGCUGGUAG